AUGGAUUUCAAUCAGAGAAGCUCCCACCGAAGCCUGAGUUCCUCCUCCCAGGGCCCUGCGCUCAGCAUGAGCAGCUCCAUAUAUAGGAGGGGGGUCACACCCAGCGUGUAUGGGGGUGCUGGAGGCCACGGCACCCGCAUCUCGACGUCUAGACACAUGGUAAACUAUGGGAGUGACCCUGCUGGAGGAAACCUGUUUGCUGGCAAUGAGAAGAUGACCAUGCAGAACCUAAAUGACCGCCUAGCAAGCUACCUAGAAAGAGUGCGGUCACUGGAGCAGUCCAACUCCCACCUUGAACUGCAGAUCAAGCACUGGUAUGAAACCAACACACCUAGCACCAGUCGGGACCACAGUGCCUAUCUGGAACAAAUCAAAGAGCUGCGGGAUCAGAUCAUUUCUGCCAACAUCGCAAAUGCCCAGCUUAUCUUGCAGAUCGACAAUGCAAGACUGGCUGCCGAUGACUUCAGAAUGAAAUAUGAAAACGAGCUGGCCCUGUGUCAGAAUGUGGAGGCCGACAUCAAUGGCCUGCGCAGGGUGCUGGAUGAGCUGACCCUGGCCAGAGCUGACCUGGAGACGCAGAUUGAGACCCUGAAUGAGGAGCUGGCCUACCUGAAGAAGAACCACGAGGAGGAGAUCCAAAGCUGCCGGGCCGGCGGCCCAGGCCAGGUCAGCGUAGAAAUGGACGCUGCCCCCGGAGUGGACCUUACCAGGCUCCUCAACGACAUGCGGGCACAGUAUGAAACCAUCGCUGAGCAGAACCGGAAGGAUGCGGAGGCCUGGUUCAUUGAAAAGAGCGGGGAGCUCAGGAAGGAGAUCAGCAGCAACACGGAACAGCUUCAGUCCAGCAAGAGCGAGGUCACCGACCUGCGGCGCGCGCUUCAAAACCUGGAAAUCGAGCUCCAGUCCCAGCUCGCCAUGAAACAAUCCCUGGAAGCUUCCUUGGCAGAGACAGAAGGUCGCUAUUGUGUGCAGCUCUCUCAGAUUCAGUCCCAGAUCUCCUCUCUGGAAGAACAACUGCAACAGAUUCGAGCUGAGACCGAGUGCCAGAAUGCCGAGUACCAACAACUCCUGGAUAUUAAGAUCCGACUGGAGAAUGAAAUUCAAACCUACCGCAGUCUGCUAGAAGGAGAAGGAAGUUCCGGCGGCGGCUCCUACGGCGGCGGGCGCGGCGGCGGAAGUUCCGGCGGCUAUGGCGGAAGUUCCGGCGGCGGCGGCGGCUACAGCGGCGGAAGUUCCAGCGGUGGCGGCCACGGAGGUAGUUCCGGCGGCGGCUACGGCGGCGGAAGCUCUAGCGGCGGUGGUCACGGAGGUAGUUCCGGCGGCGGCUACGGCGGCGGAAGCUCCAGCGGAGGCCACAAGUCCACCUCUUCAGGGUCCGUUGGAGAGUCCUCAUCUAAGGGACCAAGGUCAGCAGAAACUAGCUGGGAUACUAACAAAACCAGAGUGAUCAAGACAAUUAUUGAGGAGUUGGCACCUGAUGGUAGCGUCCUUUCAUCUAUGGUUGAAUCGGAAACCAAGAAACACUACUAUUAA